AUGUCGCGGUCUUUUCGCCGCGGCCUCCUGGCGGCGGCAGCCGUUUGGGCGGCAUCGGCGGCAGCUGGCAGCGAAUGGAAUCAGGAGCACGACAAUGACAACCAGUGGCUCGCCUCGACCGUCAUUGUCACAAGCACCGUCAUGGUUGACUUGAAGGACAUCAACCAGAAGUGCCUCCGAGGAGAAUUUGUCUGCGGUCCCACUCCGCCACCCACUGCCGACCCAGAGCACUGUCCCGAGUGUGAGAAGUGGCAUUGGGACCCCAAGGACCCCAAGGACCCCAAGGGCCCCGAGGAUCCCAAAGAUCCUUGGGAUUCUGUAGACGUAUACCACGGGCUGUGGGGAGGUUGCUCUGGUGACCACCACUGCCCUAAGGCGUGCAGCUGUAGCUCCAAAGCCAUCUGCGAACACUCUUCUGAUGCCGAUGGGCCCAAGUGCAAGAGUAGCACGGAAUGCCCGCCCGGUCACAUGUGCAAUUCUUACGGCUACUGUCAGCCUCAACCUGGCCCACGAUGUCACGAGAAGGCUUGUGUAGUCGAUGAUGGACCUGAGUGUACUACGAACAACGACUGCUCCCACGGUGAGGUUUGCAAUCAUCACGGUUUUUGUCAAAAGGUUGUUUUCCCCGACUGCGAGAAGAACUGGGACUGCAAGCACGGCCAAAUCUGCACCAACAGAGGCAUUUGCAAGACGAUCGACGAACCACAGUGCACUUGUGAUUCGGACUGCAAGGAUGGACAAAUUUGUAACUCACAAAGAGUCUGCCAAGACGUCGAGUGUCCCAAGUGCCAGUGGGAGAAGGAGUGCCACGAGGGCGAAUCCUGCAAAGACAGCUUCUGCAAGCCCAAGGAAAACAAGUGCAAGGACAAAGACGACUGCAAAGACGACGAAAUCUGCGACUGGGAAGGCAAGUGCCGCCGAGGCAAGCAAUUCCGAUGCCGAGUCGACUCGGAGUGCAAGUUUGGACAGAUUUGUGAUAUUCAUGGUAGUUGCCAGAAGCGCCCAGCUGGUCACAUUUGCGGAUCAGACCGCGAAUGCAAGUCAGAAGAUUUUUGCAAUGCAUUUGGAUACUGCGAAAAGAAGCCCGAGGAGAGGAGGUUCUGUGCAGCUGAUUCGGACUGCAACGGCCUCAACGAAGUUUGCAACGACCACAGGUGCGAAAGGGAGAGGGUUUGCACAUAUAAUGUCGAUUGUGACAUUGGGCAAAUUUGCGUGCCGAGGACUCAGCGCCUGACGGCGUUGGUCGCGAGAGCAAACGAGGCUGUACAGGUACAGGAUGGUGUGAAUGAAACUUGCGACGGCACGGUGUGCAUCAGGAAGAGGUUUUGCGUCAACAGCGCAACUGACUGCGAGUUGGGUGAAAUUUGCUUAAACAACUAUUGCGAGGCACCUUUCACGUGCGGCAACACCACAUGCCAGGCCGACGAGAGAUGCAUAAACGACAGAUGCGUGGGGAGGUGCGGCGGCAUUUUCUGCUCAGGAGACGACAUCUGCGUCAACGAUAGGUGCCAAAGGAACCGCACGUGUGGUUUGACAGCUUGCGAUGACGAUGAAAAAUGCGUCAACAACAGGUGUCUGAAGACGUGCGGUGCUGGUGUCUGUGACGAUUCAGAGCUUUGCAUUGGUCUAGAAUGCCAGCCAAGAUGUGGAAACACAGUUUGCCAGAACAAUGAGGUCUGCCAGGGCAACACGUGCCAGCCAACGUGCGGCAACAGCGUCUGUCUGCCCACCGAGACUUGUGUAGCCAACCAGUGCAACGCGAACUGCGGACUUGUUGUUUGCGGACCUGAUGAGACCUGCAACGACCUCCUGCAAUGUGUUCUGAAGCCCCUGUGCGGCCUCGUUGUCUGCGAGAAUGACGAACUUUGCGACGGCGGCAUAUGCAGGGAGAGGUGCGGCGAUAUCGUCUGCCAGGCCGAUGAGCUUUGCAAUAAUACAAGAUGUCGACAGAGAUGCGGACUCAUCACCUGUAGGGACGAUGAGGUUUGCAACAACAACGACGUAUGCGUCCAGACAUGCGGGUUAGUCACCUGUCAAGCAAAUGAGACUUGCUUGAACGAUGCUUGUGUCCAAACGUGCGGUCUUGGCGUCUGUGACGACACAGAGACCUGUGUCCUCGGCCAGUGCCUCCCGACCUGCGGCUUAACAACUUGCAAUGCCAACGAGACCUGUGUCCUCGGCCAGUGCCUCCCGACGUGUGGUCUAACAACUUGCAAUGCCAAUGAGACUUGUGUCCUUGGACAGUGCCUCCCGACAUGUGGUUUGACAACUUGCAAUAUCGGCGAGACCUGUGUCCUCGGCCUGUGCCUCCCGACGUGUGGUCUAACAACUUGCAAUGCCAAUGAGACUUGUGUCCUCGGCCAGUGCCUCCCGACCUGCGGCUUAACAACUUGCAAUGUUAACGAAACCUGUGUCCUCGGCCAGUGCCUCCCGACAUGUGGUUUGACAACUUGCAAUAUCGGCGAGACUUGUCUGCUGGGCAGGUGUGUUAGGAGAUGCGGAAUCGACACUCCUUGUGAUGACGGCGAAGUCUGCGUCAACGAUGGCACGUGCACAGACAGGUGCAUCGCCGGACUAUGCCAACAAGGAUCGGUCUGCUCUCUGGGUUUCCAAUGGGGGUAUUACAAGCUCGCUCGAUCACCCAGUGACCUCACGACACUCCCGGGGACGAUUCCCUUCCAUGACGACGACCCCCAGACCAACGAGAACUGGCCGCUUUUGCAAUUCCGGCCACGAAUUGCCCUUGCCGCCCAGGUACCCACGGUCACGGGUCUGACGCAGACUCUAGGUAUUCCGACGUCUUGCCCCCCGGAGGACGCCAUCGUCUAUGGCAUCGACACUGGAUAUAGCAUUGAUUACAGUAUCAUCCAGCACAUCGGAUACUUUGUUCCUGAGCAGGCAGGAACAUACACUUUCAGUGCCAAUGCCCCCGUUCCCGACCAGAGUCUGUACGUUUGGUUCGGCGACACUGCUCGGCUACUUUGGGUCAACGCCAACGCAGACCUAAUCGCAGACGGAAGCUGGACCGUCGGAUCCAACACCUACCUGAGGGUCGUUACUCCGGCAGAUGUUGGCACAUAUAUCCCCAUCCGCAUCCUGUUUGUCAACCCUCAGGGUUGCGGUGAGUUUGAGCUCACUGUCCAGGGACCUCUAGGAGAUGUCCUUGUCUCGCGCGAGCAGCAGACUACGGAUGGACAGUUCGUGAGCAACUGCCCCGCGGCGAACAACAUUCUAACAUUGGAGCUUGCUCCCAUCCUCGACAUCGGCAUCGGUAUUAACGGCCUUGAUGCUAACCUCACUGGCGGAUUAGAUCUGGGCGGCCUUGGUGCUAACCUCACCGGCGGAUUGGAUCUGGGUGGCCUUACUAAUCUCACUGGCGGCCUUGGUGCUAACCUCACCGGCGGAUUGGAUCUGGGUGGCCUUACCAAUCUCACCGGCGGCCUUCUUACCAACCUCACCGGUGGACUGGGCCUUGGUGGCCUUGGUACCAAUCUCACUGGCGAUGUGAACCUUGGCGGCGGCGGCGGCGGCGGCGGUAUCAACGUCACAGCAGGGGCGGAUCUUGGUGGCCUUGGUAAUCUCACCGGCGGAGUAAAUGUUGGAGGCGGUGGCAUUAACGUCACCGGAGGAACAAAUCUUGGUGGCCUUGGUACCAAUCUGACGGGCGGAUUGCUUGGCGGCCUUACCAACCUCACUGGCGGCCUUCUUACCAACCUCACUGGCGGAUUGAACCUUGGUGGAGGUGGCAGUUCCUGA